UUGUCAAAUUACUCCGUCACGGCAGUAUCCGGAAGACUACGCAACUAAUUAAAAUCGUAUACGCAGCUUAUUUUCGUUUACAUUUUCUCACUCACAGAUCACAAAUUACGGCUUAUUCAUAUAUGCGUGGUGUUUAAGAGGGGUAUUAUUUUAUCAGAUACAUUUGGGUGGUCGCGGAGUUGCGUUGCGGUCGUCUUCUCCACAGCUAACGUUAGUCGCGUUAGCUCGACGUGUGUCAGAGUCUAAGGUUAACAAAAUGUCCAGACCACGGUCCCGGUCUCCACACCGCAGGCGUUUACCAUGGGAGGAACGUGGUUUUAUCCCUGAUAAAGUCAUUGCACAACUAGAAGGAAAUUUCCCGGACAGGAGUCGACAGUACAGAGAGAAUCGGAAAGAACAGUGGGAUUGCAUCAGUGAAGACAUGUACACAGAAGCUGGAAGAAGAAUUACUCCAUUGAAAGAAGAUCGUAAGCUUGGACAUCAACGCCGUCCAGACAGGGAGGAGCUCCACUACAGGACACAAUCACCUCAUUAUGAUCCACCAGUUUAUGGUGGUCAGAGGCGAUACACAAUAGGGAAUGAAGAAAGACGAAGAGAAGGGCCUAAAGAACACUACCAGAGUUUUGCCACCAAAGUGAGGUUGUCCCCUUUACCCUUAGAGUCGAUUAGAGGAAAAUUCCACCCAACACAGGGCUGGAGCUGGGAUCAGGUCGGAGGGGAAUGGAGGUCCAGGGACAUCAAUCCCGGUGUGACAGGAGAAGGCCAGAGAGAAGCAGGUAGGGAAAAAAGGAGGCGGAACAUCAGUCCAACCAGAGACAGACGACAGGAAGAUCUGCAUCAAGAGAGGAGCCCUUCCAUUAAGAGGCACAGAAGAGAAAUGGGCAACACAAGUCAUCAUGGGUACAGGAAUAUGGAGGACUUUGGGAAUCAGCGUUACUCAGUGGACUCGUCCAGGGAUAGGUUCGGAGGUGACACUCGUGGAGAUAUUUUUAGACCAAUUGUGGUUGAGCACGAUCAUGGCAUGGUGAAGAACAGGAACUCACCACAGUGGGGAAAUGGUGACAAUCGCAGGGACGCAGACCUUAAACCACGGAGGAAUCCACUUCCACUAAUGUCCCUGUCUCUGCCUUUAACAUCGUCUGAUAGUCACUCAGAGGAUGGAGAAGAUUUGAGGGAGCGCUACUUCCAAGAUACCAGGAGAGACUCCGUCAACCCAGUGUUGAACACAAGUCCUGUGUUAGAUGACAAAUGCAACGCUAUGAAACAUGAUAACGACGAUCGAUCUGUGACUCGCAAGUGGAGAGAUGGGCCUCACCCUACUAGAGGAAGAUUUAACCCUGCACAAAAAGAAAAGCCCAUAGUUUACAGAAAUCAACCCCGACCAGUGCAGUCUGGGGAAGGAUUUCAAAGUCAUCCCCAUGAAGAGCAUCAACCAGGAUACAGAGAGUUCCGAGAGAGUGCUCACUAUAAGCCCAAGAAGGAGGAGCAUGGCCACAUGGAAGGAAACUGGACGCGCGAAAGGACCAACAAACUGGAUCGACUUCAGGGGAUUGACCUGGACCCCAAAAUGCCACGGGCACGGCAGGAAAAGAGAGCCAACAACACGGCAUCGGCAAUUGAGGAAACUUUAACCAUUAAAGUGGACAUGACCAGACCAGUUAAUGAGAACAGUUUGUUGUGUUACUCCUCAGACAGGCAGCUCUCCUUAGACCUGGUCAACGUGGGCCGUCAGCGUCUGGACUUCCUGCCCAUGUUAGAAACCUCAGGGACGUACAAGGAGAAGACGGUGCACACUGGGACAUUUGCCCAGGAGAUCAUUACUCUUGUGCACCAUGUAAAAGAGCACUAUUUCAGAGGUGACAGCAUCACGCUGAAUGAGCGUUUCUCCGCUCCCCAAGAGGGCGGUCUCUCUGAGGAAGAGAUGAUGGAGCUCACGCUGGACCAGAGGUUCACUUCUCACCGAGGUUUCAGCCUGAACCUGAACUCUCCUCUGGUUGCUAAUGAGUCUCAGUUUUCUGGACAAGGCUCUGUGCAAGAUUUUAACCAGCAGCCAGUGCGAGGCCCAGGGGAUCUGAGGCAUGACCUGGAGAGGAGACGGCAGGAGAGACUAGAGGGAGUGAAAGUCACAAUACCUGGUAGUAGCAGCACAUCACAGCGCCCCGCUGGUACAACCAGCGUUCCUGGUUUAAAAUUUGUUGACAACUUGUCACCUGUGGAAGACGAGGGUUUCAGUAGAGCAGAAGGCAUCAUGAGAAAAGGAGUUUCACACGGACAGAACACAGGCUUCCAGGGCAGGAACAACCGCUUUAGUAACCGUGUUGGACCAAUGAGACGACAGAACAACCACAUCAACAAUAAAGGUCAACAUUGGUAAUUGGACAGUUUGAUUGUCAUUGGAUCAUAGUACAUUUACAAAUGACUGAAAACACAGGAAGUACUGUUGUUUCUGACAUAUUUUGGUUUUUUUCUCUCACCUCCAUCUCCUUUAGUUUUCAUCUUUAGUUUUUAAUUUUCUUUUGUUUUAAAUAUGUCUAAUAAAUGACUGUUAAAUGAAAGGUUAAUCAAUGUUUCCUUCUCAUGGCACAGAUUUGUCCUUUACAAUUCUGUUCUCCACCUUCUUCUUCAUAUUGCACUUAUUCUUCUCAUUAACAACUGCGUAAACUUGUUCUUCAGCGUCUUUGUUCUUCAACAUGGCCUGAAAUUAGCGGUAGUGAUGCUCGUUUCUCUACCAGUCAAGACUAUAUAAAUAAAACAUUUAAUGUUU